CUUCCUCCUGCCGUCGCUCCCCGCGGUCCUCUCCUCUCCAUGGCCAGCGCGGGGCUGCAGCUGGUGGGCUACUUCAUGGCUCUGGCCGGCUUGGUGGGCACCAUCUGCUCGUCGGCGCUGCCCCAGUGGAAGCAGAGCUCGUACGCCGGGGACGCCAUCAUCACGGCCGUCGGGCUGUACGAGGGCCUCUGGAUGAGCUGCGCCUCGCAGAGCACCGGGCAGGUCCAGUGCAAGCUCCACGAGUCGUUGCUCUCGCUCGACGUUCAUAUCCAGACAUCCCGGGCACUCAUGGUGGUCUCCAUCCUCCUGGGCUUUGUGGGGGCUGUUGUCAGUGUGAUCGGAAUGAAAUGCACCAAAGUAGGAGACGAGACUCCUGUGGUGAAAAGCUGGAUCGCUGUGUUGGGGGGUGUCUUCUUCCUACUAGCAGGUCUGUGCACUGUGACGGCUGUUUCGUGGUAUGCAGCCCGGGUGACAUACGAGUUUUUCAAUCCAAGCACGCCAGUUAACGCCAGGUAUGAAUUCGGACCUGCUCUCUUUGUGGGGUGGUCAGCAGGCAGCCUGAGUGUGCUGGGCGGAGCCUUCCUGUGCUGCUCCUGCCCCAAACCGGAAGAGAGAGGGCAGCAGUACUACCGGCAGUCGCAGCCUUCCACGGCUAGAGAAUCCAUGCACAAGAAGGGAUUUGGAACGUCUUCCCCACCCACAGCUCUGCAAAACGGCAUCACAGAUGAGCCGUGGGAAGGGAGUCCCAACCUCGUGAUAUGCUUUCCACCCACCUGUUGUGUAUCUGUGGGCUUGAAACUAACAGCCCUCUUUUUAUUUCCCCUUCAUUUUUCAGGCCCCCUGUAAAAAGGGGAGAUCAGUCCGUGUAAUGCCUCCGGGGGGAAGAGAGAGACAUGGUUCUGGGCCUGAGCUUUUCAAUCCAAGAGACCAAAGUGACUAUAGCGAGGACAUUUAAAAACAAAUAAAGCAGACACCCCACUGUGUUUCCCCAAGACCCCUUUUCCUUAUUGGGGGAGAGAGAGAAAUGAAAAACCAGAAAUGCAUCUUUGAAAAUGAAAGUUGCUCGUUUUCGAAAUGUAAAAAGGUUGCAUUAACUUUCCCCCAUGGUACCGUUUAUACUGCUUGACGAGAUGGUUCUACCUUUUCAACAACAAAAUAUAUAAAUGUUUCUAAUGGUUUGUACUAAACAUUUGUCUUAUUAAAAUAUUUUUA